UGUCCAUGGAGUGCACUGACCCAGGAGAGAAAGGGUUAAGUUGUCCUGCAGGUUCUAAACCCUGUUGACACAGCUCACCUGACUGCACACUCUGACCUGAGUGUUUAAAGCACGCUGCCCUCUCUCACUGUGAGUGCGGGGGGAUGAUCUGCAGAGGAGCAGAGGCACCGAGAUGCCUGCAAUCAUAGCCAUGAAGUGGAUGAUCAUAGCAUGCGCUUGUUUACAGGUCACUGAUUCUGUAAUAAGAGUGCCUCUGAAGAGAUUCAGUUCCAUCAGGAAGGAGCUGAGAGCAGCGCGGAGACUAGCAGAGUUUCUGAGGGAUCACGAUCCUGAUGUCUUCGCACGGAAAUACUCUCACUGCUACCCUCCUCCUCCUCCUCACGGCCUCACGACAGGCAGAGAGAGGCUGUCUAACUACAUGGAUGCCCAGUACUACGGGAAGAUCAGUAUCGGCACCCCCCCGCAGAAUUUCACUGUGUUGUUCGACACCGGCUCGUCAGAUUUCUGGGUCCCGUCUGCAUACUGUGUCAGUGAGGCCUGCAGAGCCCACAGCAAAUUCAAGUCCUUUCAGUCCAAAACCUACAUGCAUGACGGGCAAACAUUCAACCUCCAGUACGGCUCGGGACAGCUUCUAGGAGUGGUGGGAAGAGACACGCUCAGGCUGAGUGAUGUGUCUGUCAAGGAGCAGGAGUUUGGCGAGUCUGAGCCAUGCCCACACAGCAAGGAGAGGUAA